AUUCUGUCUCCAAGGUUUGGAUCGAGGGAAUCACUUUUGGUUUCAACACCACCGUGUCUCAUCUCUGCAGUGGCUAAUCUCGGUGAUAUGAGAGCUAAUAUAGACGAAUCCGUGUGCCAUAGGCGUCAGAUGUUCUUGCCAAAACUGGAUCUCUAUGCAUUACAGUGAUCGGUGAGAAUAAAACGCAAGACACCGUGGCGCUGCGUGGAAUUACAGCGGACAAGAUGGGCACGUUGAAGCACAUCCUGCUGCUUUUCACAGGUUUUGUGGCCGCAGCUCACGGUCAGACUUGUGGCGGCCUUAUACAAGGUCUCAAUGGAACUAUAGAGAGUCCUGGCUUUCCCCAUGGCUACCCCAACUAUGCCAACUGUACAUGGAUCAUAGUCACUGGAGAGCGGAAUAGGAUACAGUUGUACUUCCACACCUUCGCUCUGGAGGAGGACUUUGACAUCGUCUCCAUCUAUGAUGGACAACCACAGCCAGGCAACCUGAAGAUGAGGUUGUCUGGCUUCAUGUUGCCAUCACCUAUCGUAAGUUCGGGGUCCAUUUUGGCACUGUGGUUUACUACAGAUUUUGCAGUCAGUGCCCAAGGAUUUAAAGCAAUCUAUGAAGUUCUGCCAAGUCACACAUGUGGAAACCCAGGGUUGAUACCCAGAGGAAUUAUCCAUGGGACAAGGUACAACGUUGGUGACAAGAUCCGCUACAGUUGUGUAAUGGGAUAUGUUUUAGAGGGGCAUGGAGUACUCACCUGCAUAGUGAGCCCAGGAAGUGGAGCAUCGUGGGAUUUCCCAGUACCAUUUUGUAGAGCCGAAGGAUCAUGUGGUGGGACAUUACGAGGAACAACGGGAACUAUAUCAAGUCCACACUUUCCUUCGGAGUAUGAGAACAAUGCGGAUUGCACAUGGAGUAUUCUGGCUGAGCCAGGGGACACUAUUGCCCUAGUGUUUACAGACUUCCAACUUGAGGACAGAUAUGACUUUCUGGAGAUCAGUGGCACAGAAGCACCAUCAAUAUGGUAAGCAAAAUCCCCUCUUUUGCUUUAUUAAAUUGUUAUGUUUAUACAAUGUCAAGCAACAGCGACAGUUUAUACAUUAAUUUUAGCAGUACGAAUGACUUUUUGCACCUCAAUACAAUGUAUGUUGGGUACAACUUGGAACGGUCAAUGAUUUGCUACUUCAAACAAAAUCUCUGUUGUUACUGUGAACAUCUGUGUAGAAUCAUCACAAAGUCUAUUAUUGCUGAUGUAAACUUGCAUAUGAUAUUGCAAUAUGUUUUUACUUCCAAGGAAGUAAAUCACAAUCAAAAUGUGUUCUUUGCACAUUCAGAAAUCAUACAAGUGAAUGAUAUUCAUAACCAUCUGCUGUUUUAAUAAAAACAAACAGAGGAAAUGUAAUGAUUGCAAGCCUUCCACUGAUUUUGAUCGUAUAUUUAAAAUAUGUAAAAAAAAAAAA